UCUGUACUCUAGCCCACUUGCUACACUGCAUGUGGCCCAGCCUAACUGGUGUCAUCCCCAACCUCCUGCUACAGGGAGGCAGGGGGAUCGUGGCACGCAUCCACGGCCAUGGCCACACCUUCGGGUGCGUGGCGGCCAUCCGCCCCCUCCCCGACGCAUACAAGACCUUCCUCACGACCCCCUCGACGAACCCUAGCCUCUCCUCCCUCUCCCUCGCGCCGCUGCUCACUCCACGCACAUGCCCCGAUGCGGCCAUCUCCAUGGCCAAGCUCUUCCCCGCGGCCAUCGUCGUUCCCCGCACCUAUGGAGGUGGCUAGCAGCUGCGCCGUCCACGUCUACAUCGCCCGCACACAACCAUUCAACCGGAGCCACAUCGCAUCGUCGCCCUGCUUGUCUUCUUCAACCUCGGGACACCGGACGCCUCCGUCAAAUUCGUUGCCACCCUGCUCUCCUGCCCCUCAUCGAGCCUCCGUGUGCUCCUGUGGUGAGCUCCUCUCCACGUUCCCCCCGUUUUCCCCCUCGAGUCACCGCCGUAGUUACCGUCCCCGAGCCCGUCCAUAUGUACGUGCGCGCCCGCGUGUGGCCUUGCCGUGGCCUACCGCUGCAGCUGCCCCCACGCUGCUCCCUGGUCGCGCUCAGGCGCUCGCCCGCUGCCCCCGUGUUGGCCGGUACAGCUGCUUGGCACGCGCCUGCGCUAGCUACUGCCGUUCGUUGUUGCUUGCUCUGCUUGCUAGCCGCCGCGCGCCGUCCGCGAGCGCCUCCUUGAUACCUGUUGCUCCUCCGCGCCAUCCGCACGCACGCGCUCUGUUGCUGUGCUGCUGCCACCCUACCUACUGCAUGCAGCUGCGCUGCUGCCUACUGUUGUUGCUAUGCUCGUGCUAACUACUUCUGCUUCUAGCUGCUACUCCCUUGCUAUGCAUCUGCUAUUGAUGUCUGCUGUGUUGCUGCUCCUAUACCACUGUUGCCGAUGGAAAUGACCAUUGUGGCCAUAUGCCCAUGCGUGCACACACAGGGAUCGGCUGGUUCUCUCGUGUCUAGAUGAGGCCGGCCAUGUUAGCUUAGGUUAAUUAGUAGGAGUAGUACUUAGGUAAGCUACUAGCAGAUGGCACGUCGACACCAUUUCUUAGGUUAGUAUUUAUUUAUUUGUUUAGGUAUAGCUUAUGACAUGCGGAUCCACUUCUACUAUCCACAUGUUGACAAGUUAAAUAUUGACUGGGUCAACUCAGCUCCCUGGCCCCACCUGUCAUUGGCUGUGGCUAGCCCACUACUGUGUAAUAACAACAUUUUUGUUAAAAUUUGAAUUAAUAAAUAAAUCUAAAAUAUUGAUAAAUCUUUGAAAAAUCAUAUAAAAUAAUCUGUAAUCCGGAUGAAAAUGUUUUGUACAUGAAAGUUGAUCAGAAAAACGAGACGAACCCGGAUACGCUAUCCAUUCGUUUGUCACGCGUUCCUAGCAUAGCGAACGUAAAACUUUUCCAUCUGUUUCGGAUGUCCGGUAGUAGCUAGAGACCAGGGAUAUAUCGUCAGAUAUUUUUUCCGAUCUAUCCAUGACGUGUAGUACUGCGUUAGCUCAUGCCUAGCACUGCCUAUAGCCAUGUCAUGCUUUGUGAUGCAUUUGAUUGUUGUGUUAUAAGUUGUGCUUCCCCACGUUGCUUCUUUCCCAGUAGAGCCCGAGACCAUAGAUGAUCCGGUGUUCGACUACUUUCCGGUCGAGGAUCCGUAUCUGUCUGCACAGCAACAAGGCAAGCAAACCCCCUUGAUCAUACCUAUAUCGCCUAUUCUUUCUCCCUCAUGCUUGCAUUAGAAUUUUUGCUACUGUUGUAGUUAGCUCCUAUAUUUGAUGCAUAGACUGUUUUUGAUAAAGUGCUUCAUUAUUCUACUGCACCUUAAAACUGUUUAGUAUAGGUGGAGGGGUCAUCCCCUUUUGCCCCCUUAGUCCAAUUGCCCCUGCUUUAUCGUCAAUUCUCGAUCAACUGAUCGACGAGCCAAGACCCGACACAACACUCACACCCCCUUAGUUGUACGAUGAUGUAGAGCUACUAUCGAGUAUCGAGGGUGACACCUCGUUACGUACUCUGAUGUUAGUGUUGUAGUGUAGUUGACCGGCGGUGGUUCUCGGAGGGUGAUUCCUUCUUCACCACUUCCGAUAAUGACAAUGUCGUACAACCCCUCAAGCGUGGCCCAUCGAGGGUGAUUCCUCCCUGGCCACCUUGAUGGUUACAUCGUUCGGGAUCCAACGAGGCUGAUACCUCGGAUCCCCCUGAUGUUACAACCACACAGUUACUUGACCGUGUUACUGGAAACUUUGAUGAAUAAAUUUUAGGUGGGUGGAUUCCCGCGUGGGUGUGUCGAUGAGUUAAUUAAAAUGUUAAUGGAUUUGGGUAUUUGAUCUGGGUUGGUCGGAGGCCUUAUUCGCACUAACCGUCUACGUGGGAGAAGUUAUGGGUACUCGACGUCGUGGUAUAAGCCGAAUCUCUUCAGACGUCAGCAAUGGAGCGGCGCGCCCCCGAGUAGUCUGGAUUAUCACCGUUCUUGUAUAAGAGGUGCCAGGACUGACAUAGGCCACCCUCGCAAUGUGCAGGAGCGCAGUGGGUGAUGGGCCCAUGAACCCUGCGUGCUUAGGAUUUAGACCGGCAGGCUGGCCUCUCUGUUGAGUCUAGGUGGGGCUGCGACGUGUCGAUGUUUUGAGGCAGGGCAUGACCCAAGAAAGUAUGUUCGGCCAGAGUUUAUCGAGCGUGACAGGGAAUAUGUGGUGCACCCCUUCAGGGAAGAAAUUAUCUAUUCGAAUAGCGGUGUCCACGGUUACAGGACGACUUAGAGUUGUGUCCGAUCUUAUACAACUACAACUGUUACUUAUCUGGAAUGUUGCUCCGGGAUUGCUUCCUCGCAGGGAGUCGAGGAAGAAUCUUUGGUCAUGACUUUAAUUAAUAUUGCUCCAACAAUAUGACUAUUAAUUGUGUUACCUGCUCUACCCUCGUCUAUUGCUGCAAGACCCCUGAAUAUGCUAGUCUUCGACAGGACUAGUCUUCUCUCUCUAUUCUGGCAUUGCUGCAGUCAGUCCACAUAGAACCCCCUUUCUUUGAUACUGAUGCAUACUUAGCAUAGUUCUGAUGUCAGUCUUGCGAGUACUUUGGAUGAGUACUCUCCGUUGCUUUGCUCUCCCUUUUUCCCCUUGAUUCGUUGCUACGACCAGAUGAUGGAGCCCACGAGAUGGCAUAUCCCGCCGAAGACGACUGCUACCCGGCCGGAGCCUGCUGCUACAUGGAGGCCGCUGACGACGAGGAGUAGUUUAGGAGGUUUCCACGCAGGAGGUCUCGCCUCGUUCGAUCGUUGUAUCUUUUGUGCUAGCCUUCUCUAAGGCAUUAUCAUGUUCAUGUCUGUAUUCAGAUAUUUUUUGCUUCCGGUGACUUGUGUGUU